AAAAGAAACCGAAUGGGCGGCAAGAGCGAGUGCGAACCAUGUGGAGCAACUAAACGACGCCGUUGCCUGAUGGAAAAUCCAUCAUCAGACAUUUCCGGGUGAAGGAGAAAAUACGAGAUCGAACAAAGUCUGCAUAGCCGGGGAAUCAAGGAUGGCUGGAGCUCGCAUCUUAAGCAAGUCACAGUGCCGCUCUAUCUUCUCCUCAGCGCAGGUCCAUGCCUCCUGGAUGGAGAAGGUUAAGGGCGUCUUCACCGGCCAAAAGACCACUUCCGAUUCCAACGAAUCCGAAAUCAGCUCCGAUUCGUUCACUCUCCUCCGCUUUGCGGAUGAAAUGAAGAAAGCAAGAAGAGUGGGGGCGUUCAAGCAGUAUAUAGUUGGCCGAAGUAGUGAAGCGACCUUUGCUGAUGCGUUCGAGAAACAGGAAGCAAUAAUUCGAUGUUUAGCAGGUUUUGACCCCACUGGAGAGAAUCUCCAGGCCGUUCAAAAACAAGAAGCAGCAAAACAUUGUAAUUGCACAAUUUCUGAUGUGGAAAAUGCACUUUCGAAGUUUACUUGGGCUAAAGAAGCACAAAAGAAGAUAGAGAAGCUCAAGGAAGAAGGAAAACCAAUGCCAAAAAGCAUAGCUGAGGUGCAAAAGCUGGUGGGUUCAACUCCAUUGGAUUUGGCUAGGUCUAAUUUGGCCAAAAGUGGACAAGUUAGUAGGAACGCGCUCUGUCCAUGUGGUUCCAAGAAGAGAUACAAGCGGUGCUGUGGAAAGGAUUGAGGUAAUUCAGAAGUUACCUAUUGAACAAAUACCGGAUGCGCAUUACGGCUAGCACGCUUGCGGGAAACUGAUGCUACCUUGGGAUCAUCAUUCCUGAAUUAGAUGCUUACACUUUUCAAAUUUUUUGAGGUGCAUGUGGCGGUUAUGAAUUGACGGAAAGCGAUUUUGUUGAGUUAA